UGAGAAAAAGCAUAUGAAUCCAUAGCUUUAGGGUUUCUUGAAGUUUGUUUUCUAUUUGUUUCUUUAGUGAGAAAAUUAGCAUCUUCUUUUUUUCCCUUUGAAAGAGUGGGGAUAAAAUGGGGAGAGGUAGGGUUCAGCUGAGGCCGAUCGAGAACAAUAUUAGCAGGCAAGUAACAUUUUCAAAGAGAAGAACUGGUUUGCUGAAGAAAGCUCAUGAGAUCUCAGUGUUAUGUGAUGCUGAGGUUGCUUUGAUUGUUUUCUCUAACAGAGGCAAACUGUUUGAGUACUCAUCCGCUUCCAGCAUGGAGAGAAUCCUAGAACGAUAUGAACAAAAAUCAUACGCAGAGAGGCAGCUAGCUUCAUCAGGCUCUGAAUCACAGGCAAACUUGUCUUUGGAAUGUUCCAAACUUACGUCGACUGUUGAAGCAAUACAAAGGAACUUGAGGCAGCUCCGAGGAGAAGAGCAUGAUACCUUGAGUCUGAGGGACCUGCAGCUUUUGGAACAACAAAUUGGUAAUUCUCUGAAACGAAUACGGACUAGAAAGAAUAAACUCAUGCACGAGUCCAUUUCAUUGCUGCAGAAGAGAGAAAGGACAUUGCAAGACCAGAACAACAUGCUGGCAAAAAAGCUGAAAGAAAAAGAGCAGACGCCGACUGAACAUGCACCACAUGAACUGCGAAACCUUGCCUCCUCCUCCUCCUCCUCCACCUCCUCCCCAUCCGUACAACCACCAGCAACAGUACAAUUUCCUUCUUUGACCAUUGGAGGGAGUUACGAGGCUAUGGAAGAAACAAACAGGGAGGCUCAGUUCAAUCUAAACCUAUUACCAAUGCCGUGAUAGCUUCCUGGAUGCUUAUAAACAGACAGAAAGCGGAGCCUAACACUUAACACGAGCUGUUCAAAUCUCGAACAUUUCAAACAAUGCUUUAUAGAGGCAUAACUUACUGCAGUGCCAUAAAAUCCUCAGAAAGUUAAAAUGCGAUGAGUGAACUUUAUAUAAGUUGUUUAUUUGAAAACACAUUACUGUUUUCCAGACCGUAG